AUGCCCCGAUGGCUUACGCAGUCUGGUGAACGAAAUGAGACCGUCUACUACUCUCAGGGCAUGGGACUAUGGCUUAAUUAUACGGAACAUGUGGGUGAUCCGAGAUUCGAUCCAGGUAAUUCUCUAUGGGUACCACCUCAAGAGAGCGGAGUGGAUACUUACAGUAUACAAUGUUCAUUGCAGCAGUCUUUCUGUACCAGAGCAGUAGGAGAGCUACAUAAACAAUACUGUCAAGUGAUGGACGUGUAUUGUGGUACAGCAAUGACUUUGUUGCAAUUGAUGCUCUCGGUAAUAGCUGGCGUAGCUUUGGUGGUAGUAGUUUGGGCCAUUCACCUUAUUACUACGACCCACUGCACCAUUGCAGACUUGUAUCUCACGCACUUGUGCGUGCUCAACGGUGUCGGCUGUUUGGUGGCAGCGAUGGUUUGGUAUUUUUUCGUGUUCCGACUCAUUCUCAGCUCGACAUUCUACCAAGACCAGUCGAAUCGCUGCUCGGAGAAUGAUACUGGUAGAACGUGCUGGCAAAUUGGACUCUGUGUCUACUUGCUGAUUGCUGGAGGAAUUUUUUAUCCGUUGCUGGCAAUGCUCGUAAUUUCACAUGUGGACAACAAGUUCAAACGCUUCCAACGGUUGUUACGUCAAAUGUACGAGACAGUAGCAGUGAUAGAAGCACCACCACCAGUAGUAGACAUGAAGACACACGUGCAAGCGAAUGACACGCUGCAUUCGACGGAGGUGGCACUAGAUUUCGAAGAAUACCUUGAGUCGACGAAACUGGCACCAUUGAAGAAACACCCUUCUGCUGUACUCUUAAUGAAUGCCUCUAAGAAAGAUAGCGAGAAGAAGAAAAAUGAGUCCAGCACAAAGCAGUAUGCAGAGGUAUAA